GAUGGUGGUGAGUGAGGUGAUGCUCGGUUCGCAAAGUGUAUGUGAUGUGGUGAGUGAGUUUUGUUUGUUUUGUGGAUAAAAUAAAAUGUUGAUAACUGUAAGAGAAACUUCCUUUGCUUCUUCUUCUUCUUCUUUGUGGCUUAAUCUUCAUCGUCUCCGUCACAUACCAUCAUCAUCUUCAUCUUCUUCUUCUUCUCUUCGUGUCCGUAGUAGUAGCAGUAGAACUUCCAACUUCUCUACUCUCUCAACCAGCAGUGACCUAGCGAAUUUCGAUCCCUUGGGUAUUAACCCAGAUUUAUCUUCUACUUUGAGUUCUACUUGGAAAAAUCUAGUGAGUUUGUUUCCACAAGCAUAUGAAAGCUCUUCAAAUACAGAAAAGGAAAAACCCCGAGGAGUAGCAGCUGCUAUUGAGGAUAGUUCAAUUGAUUUUGGUGACUUCUUCAAAGGACCGCUGCCAGGGAAGUUUCUUAAGCUUUUAGGGUUUCUUGCAUUGUCAAGGCUUGGUGUGUAUAUACCUCUAGGUGGAGUUAAUAGGGAGGCUUUUCUUGGAAAUUUGGAUCAGAACAGUUUAUUAAGCACUCUCGACUCCUUUUCUGGUGGAGGUAUUGGUAGACUUGGGAUAUGCUCUCUUGGUAUCGUUCCCUUCAUCAAUGCACAGAUUGUGUUUCAGCUUCUUGCUCAAGUAUAUCCCAAGUUGCAAGAUCUUCAGAAAAGAGAAGGUGAGGCUGGAAGAAAGAAAAUUCUUCAAUACACUCGAUAUGCUUCAGUUGGAUUCGCCAUUGUACAGGCGAUUGGCCAAGUUCUUUUCCUGCGGCCCUAUGUAAAUGACUUUUCUACAGAGUGGGCUCUUACUUCUGUUAUCUUGUUGACACUUGGCUCUGUGUUGACAACGUACAUUGGCGAACAAAUUACUGAACUGAAACUUGGGAAUGGUACCUCUCUUUUGAUAUUCACAAACAUUAUCUCCUACUUGCCAGCUUCUUUUGGUCGGACAUUUGCACAAGCAUUCAAUGAUGCUAACUAUGCUGGACUUGUUACAAUCGUCGUGUCCUUCUUUCUGUUGGUAGUUGGAAUUGUCUAUGUUCAGGAAGCAGAGAGAAAAAUUCCUAUUAACUAUGCUUCUAGAUUCACCAGCAGAAGCGGAGGACUUGAAAAAUCUGCUUACCUACCGUUUAAGGUAAAUAGUUCUGGUGUAAUGCCUAUCAUAUUUUCUACAUCUUCAUUAGCUCUUCCUGGUACUUUAGCACGCUUCACUGGUAUAAGUGCACUAAAAAAUGCUGCAGUGGCAUUGAAUCCAGGAGGCUCCUUCUAUCUUCCGUUUAACAUACUUUUGAUAGCCUUCUUCAACUACUAUUACACUUUCCUACAACUGGAUCCUGAUGAUGUGAGCGAACAAUUGAAACGUCAAGGUGCUUCAAUUCCACUUGUCAGACCAGGCAAAAGUACAGCUACAUUUAUUAAAACAGUUCUUAGUCGAAUAUCAGUUCUCGGUUCAACAUUUUUGGCAAUUUUGGCUGCUGGACCUGCAGUUGUUGAGCAGACGGCACACUUGACUGCAUUCCGGGGAUUUGCAGGAACAUCUAUUCUUAUUCUUGUUGGUUGCGCAACAGAUACAGCAAGAAAAGUUCGAGCUGAGAUUAUAUCCCAGAAAUACAAAAACAUAGAGUUAUAUGACUUCGAUAAGUAUUGAACAUUUAAGAAUUGGUGGUUUGCAAAACUAGAAUGCAGCUAGAUCGAUCUCCAAGGAAUGUGAGCUCAAGGUUUCCUUUGUCUGUACUACACAAUAGUUGUUCAUUUUAUAUCAGCCUUGUAUAUAAUUUUCCAGAAAAUCGAUCCAGUUGUUUGUUUUGAACAAGGUUGAUCAAUCAAUGUCAUGCAUAUAAUAGGACCAAGUUGUGGCUCGAUAACAAGGAAGAUGCUUCGAAUGUACUACUUCAUUCUUAAUUCUUGUCAAAAGUAUAUUUGUAGUAAUUUGUUAAGGUUGUUUAUGAUAAGCUCUUGGAAGCAAAAAGGGCAAUUCUUUUCUA